AUGGCUGGAACACCAUCUUUCCAGAAACUCAUGGCACUUGCCGAUAGCCAAUCUGCUCAAACGGCUACGCAGCUAGAACAGUUAAAGAAAGCUCAAAUCCGUGAAAAGGCUAUUGAACUGAAGGAAGAACGAGAUCGGAUACGGCGAACACAAAGAGAACGCGAAUUACGUAUGAAAUAUGAAGAAGAACAAAAGCGUCGUCAAUUGAAAGAGCAAAAACGAGCAUCUGAGAAUGCCAAACAUUCUGAACGUCCUCCUUUAUCGGUGGAUGAAGCUCGGGUCAUACGGGAGCGUAAAGAAAAAGAGCGGUUAGAGAAGAAGAAACCAGUAUCUUACAAUGAGUUGCUUCGUCAGGCAUCUGAUUCUCAAAAACCAUCUUCUAUUCCAAAAGACAAUAGCAAAUCUAACAGUCCAUCUACAUCUAAACUAUCCUCGAAAGCUACUGAAAAGGUGCGUAAGGAUCCUUUUGGUAUUAGCAGUCGGAUAGAAUCUGCAUCAUCAAAAUCGUCGGCUCCUGCUUCAUUAGCAUGGCUCAAAGCAGAUGCUCCUAAACCCGGUGGAUCAGCCACUAAUUCAUCCCGGUCCUCUAUUAAUGCGCCUUUUAGCGGAGUAAGAAAAAAGGUCUCCUCUCGACCUGGUGAACUCGUUCAGUUACAGGCUGGACCCAAGCGUGACAAGCGGUCGAUUGCAGAAGUACAAGAUGAAAUUAUGAAAAAGCGAAUGGGUACACCAAGCAAUAUAAAACGCCUUCCAAAAACUCAAUCCACAGGCGGUAUUUCCAAUGCUCUAUCAAAGCCCAAAAGUUCUACGGCUUUAAGCAAUCCGAAGAUUGCAAACUCUGCUGAAAGGUCUAAGAAGCGUUCGGAUGCUCCUUUACCUCGCGUAUCUCAGCCAAAGUCGAAAAAUGCUCCCAGAGAUGACUUUUUGGUGUCUGAUGAGGAGGAGGAUGACGGCAUACAAGACGUAUCCUCUGAAAUCUGGAAAAUUUUUGGAAAGCGAAAACAAGAUUAUGUUUCUCGUGAUGCUUUGUACAGUGAUGAUGACGAUAUGGAGGCUACCGGGCAAGAUGUAUGGCGCGAAGAACAAGCAGCUGCUCGGGCUGCUCGUCGCGAGGAUGAAUUAGAGGAACAAAGAGAGCGAGAACGUGAAAUGGCUAAACGGAGGAAAAAGAUUUCUAGAGGUUAA